AUGUCAUCAACAACAUCGGCAGCAUCUACAUAUAUAGACGAUGAAACCAAAUGGGACUCUUUGAAUCUCGAUCCUAGAUUACUUCAAGCAAUAGAUCAUUUAGGGUUUGUAAAUCCUACAUUAAUACAAAGUUCUGCUAUUCCCUUAGCGAUUGACGAGAAAAGAGACAUCAUCGCUAAAGCUUCCACUGGGUCAGGUAAGACGGCCGCAUAUGCUAUACCGAUAAUACAGAACUUGUUGGUUGACGGAGAUUCGAAAGGGAUUAAAAGUUUGGUAUUGGUACCGACUAGAGAAUUAUCAAAUCAAGUUUAUCAAGUUAUGGAAAAUUUAGUCAAAUAUAGCAAUAAACAAAUUGGAAUUUUGAACUUAUCAUCGAGUUAUAGUGACCAAGUAUUAAACUCAUUAUUAAAUAAUAAACCAGAAAUACUAAUAUCCACACCUAAUAAAUUAAUACAAAUAUUGGAACAAAAUGAGAAAACAUCAAAUAAAGUAGACUUGAGUACUGUUAAAAUCCUAGCAAUUGACGAAGUAGAUUUAAUUUUGAAUUUUGGAUAUUUGGAAGAUUUAAAUAAGUUAGAAAAUUAUUUACCAAUUAAGAAGAAUUUACAAACUUUUUUAAUGUCUGCAACAUUAAAUGAUGAAUUAACAGAAUUGAAAAAUAAAUUUUGUACGAAACCUGCUAUAUUGAAGUUAGAUGACAAUCAAAAUAAUAACGACAAGUUGGUACAAUUUUAUGCAAAAACUACCGAAUUUGAUAAAUUCUUAUUAAGUUAUGUCAUUUUCAAACUAAAUUUAAUCAAGGGGAAAACAAUAGUCUUUGUGAACAAUAUUGACAGAGGUUAUAGAUUAAAAUUGUUUUUGGAACAAUUUGGAAUAAGGUGUUGUAUAUUGAAUAGCGAAUUACCUGUAAAUUCAAGGUUACAUAUAGUGGAAGAAUUCAAUAAAAAUGUAUACAGCUUACUAAUUGCAACUGAUGAAAUAUCAUUGGAAAUGGAAAAGGAAGAAGACGAAGAAGACGAAAAACGCACAAACAAGAAGGAUAAGAAAGAAACUAAAUCAUCCAAAAAAUUCAAAAAUGAUAAAGAAUACGGAGUUUCACGAGGAGUUGAUUUUAGAAAUGUUGCAUGUGUCCUAAAUUUUGAUUUACCAACUACCUCAAAAGCAUACAUUCAUAGAAUUGGAAGAACAGCGAGAGCUGGAAAAUCAGGAAUGGCAUUAUCAUUUAUAAUACCGACUUCUGAAGUCGGGAAACAUAAAACUGCAUCAUUACCACUGGCCAAAAAGGAUGAAAAAAUAUUAAAUAAGAUAGUUAAACAACAGGAAAAAAAUGGAUUUGAGAUUAAACCUUACCAAUUUGAUAUGAAACAAGUUGAAGGAUUUAGAUAUCGUGCAGAUGACGCAUUUAGAGCAGUUACUCAAACAGCAGUCAGAGAGGCAAGAGUUAAAGAAUUGAAAAAUGAAUUAAUAAAUUCAGAAAAGUUGAAAAGGUUUUUCCAAGAAAAUCCUCAAGAUUUAGCAAGUUUAAGACAUGAUAAGGAAUUACAUCCUACAAGAAUUCAAUCUCAUUUAAAAAGAUUACCUCAAUAUCUUUUACCAGAAAAUGCCAGGACUGAUGUUAAAAAUUUAGGGUUUAUACCAUUUCAUAGUAAAAAUAAAAUCAACAAACAUAGAAAAAAGGGUAAGUCAACAAAGAGGAAAAAUGAUCCAUUAAAGUCAUUCAGAAAGUAA